CACCAAACAAAAAAGGGGAACAAUUUCAUCAAUCAAUAAAAAAAAAAGGGGAGCGAUUAAUCACACCAAAUCACCAAGCUAAAAAGCCAAAUGUACAAUUCAACAAUUUACUAACACCAAUUCCUUCCUUUUGAAUCCCAGGGAAUGAAGUGUGAGAAAUUCAGGCAGGAAUAAUAAUAAUAUCACCAUUGCUGUAGUUCCCUGGGAGCACUUCUCACUUCUCAGAUCUACUACUACAUCGCCAUUUCCGCCUUCCAAGAACAUCUCCGCCAUUGAUACGCACCUACAAAUCAAUCAAGCUCGAAAUCUCCAUUUUUGAUCUCAUUGGUAACGGUCUCUACCUCAAAAACCUCCAAACUUUCAUCAUCACUGCGGCCGAAUCCUAGGGUUUUCAAAAACGAUCGAAAUCUGAGUAACGAAACUGUAAAGUGCGCGAAAGAAGAUCAAUUGAAUAAUGGAGGCACAACCUUCCCUUUCGGGAAGGUUCAAUCUCGAAGCAGCAACAACGAGUACUUCAUCAUCAUCUCCAUCAAGAGAAAACAGUAUUGCACGAACAAGUUCAAGUAAAUCAAUUUUCGAGCAUAAUCUAUCAUCAAUUCUUAAUAAUCCGCAUUCUUCUCGAUCUAGCGAUGCUUCUUCAUGGCUCGGAUGGUGGUCUUCUUCAAAUUCCGUAAUUUUGCCUGAAUUUUCCCCAAUUAAUACCUCUAAACCUGAAUUAGACACUAAUAAAUCUGAUUUUCAACCGUAUAUAGCUUCGAUCUCUGAGCAUUACGCUAGAUUUGAGGACAUUUGUAAUCAUAGCAGUAAGGAGAGUGUUGAUGUUGUUGAGAGUAUUGGAGGUCAAGGAGAAGCAUUGGUUGCUUGUUUAAGAGAAGUGCCAGCAUUGUAUUUUAAGGAGGAUUUUCAGCUUGAAGACGGAGCUACAUUUCGAGCCGCCUGUCCAUUUUCGACUAUGAAUGAGAAUUUAGUGCUUCAAGAGAGACUAUCGCAGUAUUUGGAUGUGGUUGAAAUGCAUUUAGUGAAGGAGAUUUCAUUACGGUCGAAUUCAUUCUUUGAAGCACAGCAGCAGCUUGGGGAUUUGAAUGUGAAGAUUGUUGAAGGUUGUAAGAGGAUUAGGGAGUUGAAGGAGAUGAUUAAGCUGUUGGAUGUUGAUGUGGUUGGGUCUGCGAGGCAGAUUCAGGAGUUUAGUUCAAUGAGGAACAACUUGUUAGAGCUUCAACAGAAACUCAGGCUUAUAUUGUCUGUUAAUCAAGCUCUUGGUGCUCUCAAACUGCUUGUAUCAUCAGCUGAUUGUGCCGGAGCUUUAGAUGUUGCUGAUGAUUUAAGGCAAUUACUGGAUGGAGAUGAGCUAACAGGUCUGCACUGCUUUCGUCAUCUGCGGGACCAUGUUGCUGCAUCAAUGGAAACUGUAAACAGUAUUCUUUCAGAAGAAUUUAUGCGUGCAUCUUUACAUGAUGCUGGGGAUUUGGAUGUUGUAAUCAUUUCUCAAGCAAAAGAAAGAGCUUCAGAUCCCAGUAAUGGAAGACUUGGUGACGUUAAGUUAGAUGAAGAAGAAACUUCUGUUUUUCGAGAUUGUCUUUUACCAAUUAUAAUUGGAUUGCUCAGGACGGCAAAGCUUCCAUCAGUCUUGAGAAUGUAUCGUGACACACUUACUGCUGAUAUGAAAACAGCCAUUAAGACUGCUGUAGCAGAGCUGCUGCCUAUUCUAGUUGCUCGAGGUCUGGAGAAAGAUUUCACGGCUGAAGAAAAGACUGGUGAUGCAGAUGGUGAAAAUUUUCCCAAGCCCACUGCCCCCUUUUGUGGAGGUGGGUCUCUUGCAAGCAGGUUGAGAAGCCUGUCAUCUGAAAGCUUUGUUCAACUGUUGGCUGCUGUUUUCAAUAUUGUCCUGGCACAUUUAGUGCGAGCAGCUGAAGUCAAAAAGUCUAUAGAGUGGAUCAUGUCUAAUCUGGAUGGUCACUAUGCGGCAGAGUCUGUUGCUGCUGCUAUUGCACAUGGUGCUGCAGCUUCCGAAGCUGCACAAGACGAUCACAAUCAAAAUCAAGUCAAUAGUUAUGCAGUUGCAUAUUCUUCCCAAAGAAAUACUAUAAAAAAUCCUCACGUGCAAGGAAAGGCAAAUGAACUAACAAGUCCAUCAAAUGUAUCCAAAAAUUUCCGUGCUGAUGUGUUGCGAGAAAAUGCUGAAGCUGUCUUUGCAGCUUGUGAUGCUGCCCAUGGAAGGUGGGCAAAACUUCUAGGUGUCCGUGCUCUACUUCAUCCCAAAUUACGGUUGUCAGAAUUUCUUAGUAUAUACAGCAUUACACAAGAGUUUAUAAAUGCUACAGAAAAGAUUGGUGGAAGAUUGGGAUAUAGUAUACGGGGCACAUUACAGUCACAAGCGAAAGCCUUUGUUGACUUUCAGCAUGAAUCACGUAUGUCAAAAAUCCAGGCAGUGUUAGAUCAAGAGACAUGGUCUGAAGUGGAUGUUCCUGAAGAGUUUCAGGCCAUCGUCACGUCAAUGCUUAGUUCAGGUUCUCAAAUUACAGAAAUAUCUGGUGAUGAUGAGGACAGUGAAAUGAGACCAAACAAUGGUGUGUCAACUUUAGUUAACAAUAUUAAAGAAUCCAAUGCUGAGCAGCAAAUGGAGCAAACUGAUUCGAACAAUGUCUCUGGUGAUGCUUCCUCUAAAAAGAAAUCUCAACAUGUAGCUAAUGCUACUACUUCUUCAGGCGAUGGCAAAAAUAGCAACAUGAAGGACCGUGGGAAAUCAACUCCUCAUACUUUAAUAUACAAAGGAGUUGGAUAUCACAUGGUUAACUGUGGCUUAAUACUGCUCAAGAUGCUGUCGGAGUAUAUUGAUAUGAACUAUAGUUUGCCAACACUUUCAUCAGAAAUAAUCCACCGUGUUGUAGGAAUUUUGAAAUGCUUUAAUACUAGAACUUGCCAGCUAGUUCUUGGGGCUGGUGCUAUGCAGGUUUCUGGUUUAAAGUCGAUCACUUCCAAGCAUUUGGCAUUGGCAAGUCAAGUCAUCAGUUUUACGUAUGCUAUUAUUCCCGAUCUGAAGCAGAUUCUUUUUCUCAAUGUACCAGAGACCAGAAAGUUGCUAUUACAAUCAGAGAUCGAUCGGGUGGCGCAGGAUUACAAAGUUCACCGGGAUGAGAUACAUUCAAAGCUGGUUCAGAUUAUGAGAGAGAGAUUGUUGUAUCAUUUGCAAAAAAGUUGGAACAAGCCUGAAGAAGAUGAAACACAACCUAGUCUGUUUGCAAAAUCAGUUACAAAGGAGGUUGGCAUUCUUCAACGUGUCUUAUCUCGGACGCUUCAUGAGGCAGACGUUCAAGCAAUUUUUAGGCAAGUGGUUAUAAUCUUCCAUUCACUAAUUUCAGACGCAUAUUCACGUAUGGAGAUCAAUACUCCUCAAGCAAAAACAAGAGUUAGCCGGGAUAUCCAACAUAUUCUUGGGUGUAUACGGACACUCCCUACUGAUAUUGCUAGCAAGUCUGGUGUUGCAAAUUGGGGGCACCUUGAUGAACUUUUGGCUCAAAAAUUUGGUAGUGAAGGUGAUCAGUAGAUGUGGUUUUGUGGUUUAUUAAAUUUCUCAUCCUCCGUUGAAGGCAUCAUAGCAGAAUCAAAUCCUCUGUUCAAUUUAUUCUAUCAUCUUGUGCAUCUGAUUCUAGCUGUAGAAAGGUGAGUGAUUCUUCGGUAUUUGAGAUACAUUUUUUCGGAUUUUAGAAACUUCAAGCAAUUUUCACAAUUAGGAAUUUUUUGUACACUCAAUACGACAGAUGUAAUGAAUAGCAUCCUCGAAGCUUUGUUCCCCAGAACCAAUUAGUGCCAAUAGGAUAUAUUACGGUAUCUACAGGGAACAAAGCAGUGUAACGAUUGUGUUUCCGUUUUCCCUUCUUUUUGCUUUCACUCAAUUUGGUUGCCGUUUUGGUGACUGUCUUCAUGUUCAUAUGAGGUGUUUGUAUAAGUAUAAGCGGAUAUGGCAUAAAAGUACAUGUUUUAUUAUUCCAUCCAGUAUUUAACUUCA